CUCGGUUAACAUGUGUGCAAUAUAGACCGUUUAUACAUGGCAAAUCUAUGACCCGAAUUUUAUGAACGGUCACGUAAUUACUACAGAUAUUGACUAUGUAAGCUUAAAUGUGUUUUACUGUAAUGUUAAAUGUUUUUUCCCUGUAUUUCAGAGCUGAAAGACGAUUUGGCAACCUUCUACUCAAACAGAUACAGUACAAUACCACUGUCACCGCUAUUCGAGGAGCACGACAUUCCACUUGCAGAUUUUUACAUUUUGCCUGAAAUGAAUUUCAUUGAAAAGAAAAAGCCAGCUGGGGAAGAGACUAAAACUCCAGUUAAAUCGUUGUCGGACUUAUUCCAGUCUGCAAAAAUUUCUGAAAUAUAUUUAUCCGCAGAUGCUGGAUUUGGGAAAACUGCAUUUUCAAAAUAUCUUGCUAUCACGUGGUGCCAGGCUCGUCGACCCGAAACUAAAUGCACAAAGUACUUCAACGAAGAUGUGAUAAAGGCCAUGCUUGGUUUUGAGUUUUUGUUUCUUGUGUUAUUGCGGGAUUCUUCUGAUGAUUGUAGCAUUGAUGAUUUGAUAAUGAACCAAAUUAUGCAAAAUUUGUCUCGGGAUUUUGCAGUGACAAAAGAUUUACUUCAGGAGAUUUUGCAUCGCGAACGACAUCUUGUAAUAUUAGAUGGUUUAGACGAGUGGAUUCAUCCCGAAAAGAAAUGUGCAAAAGUGCCCAAAACGAACCCUCAUCGUAAUGCACGUGAAACAUGUGUAAUCCUAACCACGACAAGACCUUGGAAAUUAGGUGUGUUGAAUCUUAAAACUAGUGAAAUAGGUAAGAAAGUGGAACUAGUAAAACUAACCUCUGAGUCAGCACAGACAUUAGAGGAAAGGGCGAUUUCAAAAAUAAAGAAUCUGGAUAUUGCUGAAGCAAAACUCCUGGCCAAACAGUUGAAUAAAAAAGUCAAAGAAAAUAAACUCGAGGAUUUGGAAUCCGUUCCCCUUCUUACGAUGUAUCUCAUUUGUUUAUGGUGUGACAAUAUUCCACUAGGACAGUCAAAGUGCGGACUAUAUGCAAGCAUUAUUGAACUCCUGCUGUCAAGAACGAUAAGCAAACAUCCCGAAGUGGAACUAACGUGCGAACCCUCCCAGAGUGAUAUCCCACAAUGCUUCAGUGAACAUGAACUUUGUACUAAAUACAGCAUAUAUCUGAAAGCUUUAGGAAAAUUAGCAUUUGAAACAUUAUUCAGUGAAACAAAGGAGAGCACUCUUGUUUUCAGUAAGUCAGUGGCUGAUAAGUAUCUGUCACCAAAUUAUUUGAAAUUAAGUCUUGACUCGGGAAUAUUAACACAAAGUACAGAAAAGACACUAACAAAACAAAUUUCUAAAUGUUCGUUCUCGCACAAAACAAUACAAGAAUUUUUUUGUGCAUUGUACAUUAGCUGUCAAAAUGAAAGUGAUGUCAAAGAAAUCUUUCUGAAGGAAUGUAAAAGUUUGCAAAGUAUUCUAGACAUGUCGACAGUGCUAGUUUUCAUCAGCGGAAUGAAUGCAGAGACCAUUUCUUCAAUAUCUCGUAAUUUCAUGUCAGUGAUCAGUGAAGAUACGAGAACGAGCGAAUACAGAACUACGACUGGUGAGAUUUUUAGUUCGGGCUGUGAACCUCUGAAAGACAUACAAGACAUGUACAUUUCUUGUAUGAAAGCAAACACGAGCGAUAAGGAACUCAAAAUUUGCUGUCAAGAUUUUUUCUUUAGUGAAGAUUUUGGAGAAGAAAAAUACUUUAAGCAUCUAGCACGGCUCGCGGGACACAAUAAAACAAACAUGGCGUCAAUAAAUAUCGACACAUACUAUAGUCGUUUUUACGUGAAUUUAUCGGUUGUUGUGCAUUGCACGAACUGUUCCAGAUCAAUAAAAUAUACUGCCGGGGUCGCGGUGAACAGACGCUACGUUCUGAACUGUUUAACAAGUCGCCGAGAUGUCUCACUGUUACAUCGCAGGGUGAUUCUUGGAGCCGUGAAAUGUUGGAAACAUUACAGAAUAAUUCUCUGUUACAAGCAAUUUAUAUCGACGAUUUCGAGAUGAGCCACGAUGUACUGAAUGAGUUUCUGAAUUAUAUUAUAAACAGAAAAACAAUGACGGAGAUUAGAUUGCAGCGCUUACUUUGUACCGAGCACUGGAUGUCGUGUAGUUACAGUUUAGAUUUUAGUCAGCAUUCAGAUCUAAGGACGUUAGUAUUGGACAGGAUACCUAAAGUGUCACAAUUGAAAGUUAAUAGUCAAGUGGAACACGUGGAGUUGGAGAGUAUCAAUCUAGGUGAAAUGUCGCUGCCUUCUGAAAUGGGAAAUAUCAAACAUGUUUAUUUGUCGUAUGUAAACAUGUCUGCUUCAACAUUGCGUGAUCUCGUUAAGGUAGUGGAGAAACUUUCACACAAAGUCAAAGUAGCAAUAGACAGGUCGUAUAAGAUAGAACCGAGAACAGAGUUUGAACACGUUAAACAAUAUAUACACUCAUCUCAGAAUUUCCGAGUUAUAUCGCAGGAUUAUAGCUCGUGGUUUGUGUUUGGAACAAAAGUUGAAAGUUAAGUUACUAAAUAAACUCAGACUGAUAGUGUCAAUGUAUAUAAACAUUAUUCAUUCAAAAUGUGUUACUAUAAAUCAUUACACGAUGACAUAUAACAUAUGUGUAACAUGUAUAUACACGUGUGUAUAAUUAUCAGGAGUAGUGACAGUCGCGCGUGAUAAAAUAAACAUGGAUGAAUUCUUGGAGGAAAAAAUGGACGUUCUUAUAACAUGGAUUUAUACUCAAGUUCAAUUUCCCUUUAUACUUCAAGAGCAUAGAUGUAUUUCCGGUUGCUAGGCAGCAUAAAUACAACCACCAUUACAUACAUGGCAUGACCGCUUGUUUCUGGCAAUUAGACAAAAGAAUUUUGCAGGACUGUAAUCGUAUUAUACCCAAAAAUCUGUGAGAAAAACUACUUGGAAUUAUUAAUUUUCAUUACCAUGGACAAAUCAUACUGUUUUACUUAAAUUAGUUGGUAAAGAAAUGUUGGACUUUCACUUGUAUAAACAUAUCGCUUUGAGCUCAUUUUUCUAACUAAGAAAAGUCAAUAAGUAAAGUUUUGUAUGUAAGUACGGUAAGUAUUAACUGGAAGGGUUUCAAACAGUCACGCGCGCUGUCAAAAGACAACUUAAGAUAGUGUUUGAUUUGACUUCAUUUUAAAUGUUAACAAUAUUAAGUGUUAUUUUAAGAUAUAAAGUUUUAAAAUGCCUGCAAUGGUAACGGCCCUGUUGCAAAGGAAUUUUGUUGUGUUUGACAUACCAGGGCAAAGAAGUUGCAAUCUUUUUUAUGGAAUUGUUUAAAUAUUAAAUGCAUUUUGUUCUAAGAAAAAAAAUAUAUUGUGAGACAUGUUUUUAUGUUGUCACCAAAAUCACUAUUUGUUUGCAUAGUCCUUAGCCUUAUACUACAAUAUUUAAUAUUUUCAUGCAUAAGUCUUCUUAUUAAAGGGAAAAUCCCUACUUAUCUGAUCUGGCUUGUAGUCUCUGUAGAAAAUUAUUUGUUUCUAGCAGACGACAUUAAUAUUAAUAAAAUUAUACUAAGAAGAACAUAUUUGUACGAAAACCUUGUAAAGUUCUCAGUGGACUUUUCAUAAUUUUGAUAAAAAAGUAAAACUGUGAACCCUUUUUAGCGCGACUUUUCGAAGAAAAUGUAGAGCUAUUGCAUACGCCCCGGCGUCGUUGGUUAAAGUUUUUGAUAAAGUCAAAUAUCUCUGUUACUAUCAAAGCUAUUGACUUGAAACUUAAAAUACUCAUUCACUAUCAAAGUCUACACCAGGAGAAAUAAUCCCCAUAACUCUGAUUUGAAUUUUGACGGAAUUAUGCCCCUUUUUAUGCCCCCCUUCGAAGAAGGAGGGGUAUAUUGUUUUGCAGAUGUCGGUCGGUAGGUCGGUCGGUCGGUAUGUCGGUCGGUCUGUCGGUCGGUCGGUCGGAAUGUAGACCAAUCCGUUUCCGGAUGAUAACUCAAGAACGCUUGGGCCUAGGUUCAUGAAAGUUGAUAGGGAGGUUGGUCAUCACCAGCAGAUGACCCCUAUUGAUUUUGAGGUCUGUAUGUCAAAGGUCAAGGUCACAGUGACCCUGAAUAGUAAAACGGUUUCCGGAUGAUAACUCAAGAACACUUGGGCCUAGGAUCAUGAAAGUUGAUAGGGAGGUUGGUAAUGACCAGCAGAUGACCCCUAUUGAUUUUGAGGUCAGUAUGUUAAAGGUCAAGGUCACAGUGACCCUGAACAGUAAAACGGUUUCCGGAUGAUAACUCAAGAAGGCUUAGGCCUAGGGUCACGAAAGUUGAUAGGGAGGUUGGUCAUGACCAGCAGAUGACCCCUAUUGAUUUUGAGGUCAGUAUGUCAAAGGUCAAGGUCACAGUGACCAGGAACAGUAAAAUGGUUAUCCAGGCAAUAACUCUAGAACGCCUGGGCCUAGUGUCAGGAAAAUUGAUAGUUAGGUUGGCCAUGACCAGCAGAUGACCCCUAUUGAUUUUCAGGUCAUUAGGUCAAAGGUCAAGGUCACAUUGGCCAGGAACAGUUAAAAUGGUUUCUGAUCUUCUUGUCCAAUACCAUAGGGCCUAGGGCUUUGAUAUUUGGUAUAUAGCAAAAUCUAGUGGUCCUCUACCAAGAUUAUUCAGAUUGUUUCCCUGGGGUCAAAUAUGGCCCCACCCCGGGGGUCACAUGGUUUAUAUAGACUUAUAUAGGAAAAAACUUUGAAAAACCUCUUGUCCAAAACCACAGGGCCUAGGGCUUUGAUAUCAUCUAGUGGUCCUCUACUAAGAUUGUUCAAAUUAUUCCCCUAGGGUCAAAUAUGGCUCCGCCCUGGGGGUCACAUGGUUUACAUAGACUUAUAUAGGGAAAAACUUUGAAAAUCUUCUUGUCCAAACCACAAAGACUAUGGCUUCGGUAUUUUGUAAUGUAGCAUCAUUUAGUGGUUCUCUACCAAGUUUGUUCAAAUUAUCCCUCUAGGGUCAAAUAUAGCCCCGCCCCAGGGGUCAUAUGGUUCAUAUAGACUUAUAUAGGGAAAAACUUAGAACCUUCAUGUCCAUAACUUACAUCAUUCAAAUUUGGACCACAUGUAUAGUUUUGAGUGGCAAGAUGAACCUUGACAUGAGUUGACCUUGAUCUUGACCUAGUGACCUACUUUCACAUUUCUGUAGCUACAGCCUUCAAAUUUGGACCACAUGCAUAGGUUUGUGUACCGAAAAAAACUUUGACCUUGUUAUUAACCUAGUGACCUACUUUCACAUUUCUGUAAAAAAUGGCUCAGUGGAUGGCGCCAAGAUCGCUCUGUAAUCUCUUGUUAGGUUAAUAGGUUAAAGGUCAAGGUCAGAUUAAACCAGAAUUGUAGAACUUUUGUUUACAGUGAGCAUAUAAUUUCUGUUCCUUGUGCAAUUACUGAAUGCAUCAAUGGGGGCAUUUCGUGUUCGACGAGCUCUUGUUAACUUAGAAUUUUUGGUUAAAGUUUUUGAUAAAGUCAAAUAUCUCUGUUACUAUCAAAGCUGUUGGCUUGAAACUUAAAAUACUUAUUUACUAUCAAAGUCUACACCAGGAUAAACAAUCCCCAUAACACUUAAUUGAAUUUUGACAGAAUUGUUAUGCCCCUUUUUAACUUAGAAAUUUGUUAAAAUUUUUGAUAAAGUCAAAUAUCUCUGUUACUAUUAAAGCUUUUGACUUGAAACUUAAAAUACUUAUUUACCAUCAAAGUCUACACCAGGAGAAACAAUCCCCAUAACUCUGAUUGAAUUUCGACAGAAUUAUGCCCCUUUUAACUUAGAUUUUUUUGUUAAAAUUUUUGAUAAAGUCUAAUAUCUCUGUUACUAUUAAAACUCAAAAUAGUUAUUUACUAUCAAAGACUACACCAGGAGACACAAUUCUCAUAACUAUAAUUUGAAUUUUAACAGUUAUGCCCCUUUUUAACUUGGAUUUUUUUUUUACUGGCGAAGCUCAAAUUCAGAGUCAAGCACUGAGAAAAGUCGAGCGCGCUGUCUUACGGACAGCUCUUGUUUAUACGCCCGUCUCUGAAAAAGCGGGGCGUAUUAUGUGAACACCCGUCGUGGGCGGUCGGUGUCCUAAAGCACUCUUAAGUCAAACAGUUUUCAUCCAAACUUGGUGACAAUGUUUGUUGCCAUAAUAUCUCGGCCAAGUUCGAUAACAGCAAAAUCGCCCCAUGCACUCUUGGGUUAUGGCCGUUGAAUUACUCGAAAUUUGCAAAUUUAGCCUUGUCCGUCCUCUUAGUCAGUUUUCAUCCGAUCUUCACCAAACUUGGCGACAAUGUUUGUGGGCAUAAUAUCUCUGCCAAGUUCGAUAACCAGCCAAAUUGCCUCAUGCACUCUUGGGUUAUGGCCCUUGAAUUACUCGUAAAACUGCGAAUUUAGCCUUAAAAAAUUUUCCGCUCUUUUAGUGGAACAGUUUUAAUCCGAUCUUCCACAAACUUGCAGAUAAUGUUUGUGGGCAUAAGAUAUCAGCAAAGUUCGAUAACCAGCCAAAUCGCCUUGGGCACUUUUGGAUUAUGACCCUUGAAUUACUCGAAAUUUGCAAAUUUAGCCUUGUCUGUCCUCUAAGUCAGUUUUCAUCCGAUCUUCACCAAACUUGGCGACAAUGUUUGUGGGCAUAAUAUCUCGGCCAAGUUCGAUAACCAGCCAAAUUGCCUCAUGCACUCUUGGGUUAUGGCCCUUGAAUUACUCGUAAAACUGCGAAUUUAGCCUUAAAAAAUUGUCCGCUCUUUUAGUGGAACAGUUUUAAUCCGAUCUUCCACAAACUUGCAGAUAAUGUUUGUGGGCAUAAGAUAUCAGCAAAGUUCGAUAACCAGCCAAAUCGCCUUGGGCACUUUUGGAUUAUGACCCUUGAAUUACUCAAAAUCUGUGAAUGUAGCCUUGUCUGCUCUCUAAGUCGAACAGUUUUCAUCUGAUCUUCACCAAACUUGCUGACAAUGUUUGUGGGCAUAAUAUCUCGGCCAAGUUCGAUGAACAGCCAAAUCGCCCCUGGCACUCUUAGAUUAUGGCCCUUGAAUUGACAGGCGUAUUUUGUGACAGUAACCUCUUUUGUUGUUUUAUAUGAUUGUGAAACAGUCUUUGAUUAAACAACAGAUGGAAACUUUUCUAUGUAGAGACUAGUUGUGUUGUAAAACUAUUGGAGUUACUUAAUGAAUGGAAUGACUAAUUUUUUUUAUCUCUACUUAAAUAUUUCUAAAGUUUCACUUAUUUCUACAUAUUAAAUGAAUAGAUGUUGCAAGAGAAACAAUCUUUUCAUCAACAAACGUUGGUAUUGCAAGAAAAGGGGACUACGGACUAUAUAAUAAACAUAAGCUUACAAAUACUAGUAUUGCAUUACAUGUAGGUCUAUUAUAGCAAGAUAAUGUUUUCCUUUUUAAAUUAUAGCAAUUAGUAAGUGUAUAUAUAUUUGAUAGACUAUGGUAGAUGUAUGGUAUGUUCGCCUUAUGUAAUUUGUUUUAUAUAUGAACUGUUUUGAGUUUUACCAGUUAUGUUUAUGUUGAUUGCUUGUGAACAGAAUACAAAAUAAUUUAAUGCUGUUUUGAUCGUAACCUUGUUACAAUGACACGUUAUUUGCUCACAUGAGAGCACAAAAUGCUCAAGUGAGCAUUUGUGAUCGUCCUGUGCCCGUCCUCAUCUGUCGUCAACAACUUUGGCACAGUUGCAAUGAAACUUGGUCAGAAUGAUAGCCUUAAAAAAAUGCUCUAUAAUAUGAAUUAUAAACCUAGGUCAGAUUCGUAGGAAACCUUGUUGAAUCUCUAAAGGCCACAUUUUUAGCUCACAUGUCACUUUGUGACAAGGUGCGCUUUUGUAAUCGCGCAGCGUCUGUCGUCUGUCCGUCCGUGCGUAAACUUUUGCUUGUGACCACUCUAGAGGUCACAUUUUUCAUGGGAUCUUUAUGAAAGUUGGUCAGAAUGUUCAUCUUGAUGAUAUCUAGGUAAAGUUCGAAACUGGGUCACAUGCGAUCCAAAACUGUCAGAAGGUCUAAAAAUAGAAAAACCUUGUGACCUCUCUAGAGGCCAUACUUUUCAAUGGAUCUUUAUGAAAGUUUGUCAGAAUGUUUACCGUGAUGAUAUCUAGGUCAAGUUUGAAACUGGGUUAUGUGCCGUCAAAAACUAGGUCAGUAGGUCAAAAAUUUAAAAAAAAACCUUGUGACCUCUCUAGAGGCCAUAUUUUUCAUGGGAUCUGUAUGAAAGUUGGUCUGAAUGUUUAUCUUAAUGAUAUCUAGGGCAAGUUUGAAACUGAAUCAACUGCGGUCAAAAACUAGGUCAGUAGAUCUAAAAAUAGAAAAACCUUGUGACCUCUCUAGAAGCCAUACUUGUGCAUGGAUCUUCAUGAAAAUUGGUCAGAAUGUUUAUCUUGAUGAUAUCUAGGUCAAGUUUAAAACUGGGUUAUGUGUCCUUAAUAACUAGGUCAGUAGGUCAGAUAAUACAAAAACAUUGUGACCUCGCUAGUGGCCAUAUUUUUCAUGGGAUCUGUAUAAAAGUUGGUUUGAAUGUUCAUCUUGAUGAUAUCUAGGUCAAGUUCGAAACUGGGUCAGCUGUGGUCAGAAACUAGGUCAGUAGGUCUAAAAAUAGAAAAACCUUGUGACCUCUCUGCAGGCCAUACUUUUGAAUGGAUCUUCAUGAAAAUUGGUCAGAAUGUUUACCUUGAUGAUAUCUAGGUCAAGUCCGAAACUGGGUCAUGUGCGAUCCAAAACUCAGUAGGUCAGUAGGUCUAAAAAUAGAAAAACCUUGUGUUCUCUCUAGAAGCCAUACUUCAAAUAAUACAAAAACCUUGUGACCUCGCUAGAGGUCAUAUUUUCAUGGGAUCUGUAUGAAAGUUGGUUUGAAUGUUCAUCUUGAUGAUAUCUAGUUCGAAACUGGGUCAGCUGUGGUCAGAAACUAGGUCAGUAGGUCUAAAAAUAGAAAAACCUUGUGACCUCUCUAGAGGCCAUACUUUGGAAUGGAUCUUCAUGAAAAUUGGUCUGAAUGUUCACCUUGAUGAUAUCUAGGUCAAGUUCGAAACUGGGUCACGUGUCAUCAAUAACUAGGUCAGUAGGUCAAAUAAUAAAAAACCUUGUGACCUCUCUAGAGGCCAUAUUUUUCAAUGGAUCUUCAUGAAAAGUGGUCAGAAUUUUUUUCUUGAUGAUAUCUAGGUCAGGUUCAAAACUGGGUCACAUGAGCUCAAAAACUAAGUCACUGUGUGAAAUAAUAGAAAAAACGAUGUCAUACUCAGUUCAAAACUGGGUCAUGUGGGGACAGGUGAUCGAUUCAGGACCAUCAUGGUCCUCUUGUUAUUUUAUAAUGUUCCCAGAAAUUGUUUCAUCUAUAGAAUUUGAAACUCUAUUAUUUCAGGUCAAAAAUAGGUCACUAUGUCAAAUCAUAGACAAACCAAAUUAAGACAGUACAAGCUAUAUUUUCUACCUGAAUUUCAUAAACCAUUUGCUGGAAUGUUUGCACUAUGAAAUAAAAGUCGAUUUCAGGACUGGGUUACACGAAAUCUUAAACAGGAUUGCACUUUAUAUUUAUCUAUGUAAUUACUUGAUUGAUUUGUUUCAAACUUAUUAUAAUAGUUAUUCCACAUCAUCACCUACAUCAUAUGGAUCAAGGGCUCUCAAACACUCAUAUCAAUAUUUCAUGAAUUAUUCCCCACCUUUUACUUCAGAUUUCAGGUUAAAGUUUUUAUUUACUUACAAUCUAUCUCAGUUAUUAAUAAACGGAUUUGAUUCAAACAUAAUAUAUUUGAUCCACAUCAUCACCCGAACCUUAUGACGCAAGGUCCAUAACUCUAGCAGCAUGCAAGUUUUCAUGAAUCCGUAGAAUUUUAUAUCGAGAGGAUUUGAUUCAAACUAAAAAUAGUUAUUCCACAUCAUCACUCACAAUAUGAUACAAGGGUCAUAACUCUUGCACCUUUGUUAAUGGAUUAUCUCCCCUUUUAAUUUAGAAUGAAAGGCAAUGUUGUUUUGAUGUUAAUUUUAUCUGCUGGGAUUUCUUAAAUCAUUUAAAGAAGUGAAAGAAUUUUCAAAUGAAAAAGUUAUCAGCAUUUAAAUAUUUGGUCAAAAUGGCAGCCAUUUUGUUUUCAUUUAUUUAUUUAUUUACAUUUAGGUCACAGCAUAAAAGAACACAUUACAAUACAUAAAUAUCACAGACAUGUCAUUCAUAAAACAUACUUUCUAAAAUGAAAUCUCAAUGCUUUACAUUAAAUAGCACAGUAUCACAAUUUGCAUAUACAGUGAAACACCGCUCGCUCGAGCAUCGAUGACUCGAGCACCCGGGCUCGCUCGAGCAAUUCAUGUGGUCCCGGCCGAUUUCCUUCUAUUUUCUAUGUGAACUAACCAUGGCUGGGUCGAGCAUCGAUAACUCGAUCGCUCGAGCAUGACACCUGGUCCCUGUGUAUUAAUUUACUCUUUGUUGCUUAUGGCAAACUCGAGCAGAGGUGUCAAAUUUUUUCACACCAUGUAUCGGUUAAUUUAAAAUUUUCGCACGCCGUGAGAAUUGCAUGGUCUAUUCCCCGACUAUCUUAAAUGUAUGUUUGUCGGUAUAUUUGACCUAAUAAUGAGAUUAAUUAUUGAUGAAAGGUGGAAGAAAAAUUUUACUGAUCAAAAUUGUUAUUAAUUAUUACUUUUUUCUGCGGGAUCGAGGGGAUAAUUAUGAGGUCUUAAUAUUUUAAUCAACAGUUGUUUGCACGCAAAUAAAGGAAAUAAGAUAGCCUUUUCAUAAAAUUGAGACAAUAAUUAUGAGAUCUUAAUUUGGAGAAGAAAAUUGCGAAUUCGAUUACAGUAUUUAAAAUAAAAAAAUAAAAAACAACAUGAAAAUAAAAUGUCUUAGCUGUUUCUUCACAUGUGCCAUUUACGAUCUGUCAUAAAUAACGUUUGCAAUAUGUUUUUGUGAAAACGUCACGAGUGUGUUAUGAUUACGCGUCACCAUUUCCUCUGCAAAUGGUCUCGAUGACAAUUGGUAAAACAAACUUCAAUUUUCUUCGUAUGUUGGUCAAUGUUUGGGUCGCUCGAAAUCAUGGAUAACUCGAGCAUUUUGCUCAUCCCCUUGCGACCUCGAGCGAGCGGUGUUUCACUGUACUUUCAAUAAGAUAAUACCAAAUGUCAUUACUAAAAAUUACAUGUGUUAUCAAAAUACUAGGGACCUAUGGAUAACCCAUUAAGCUAAGAGCUUAUUUCCAAUGGGGUCCAUUUUACACAUAAAAUGAUGUAGGACAGAUUACUGGGGGUCAAGACUUAGGUGGAAAACGGAAUUAUUAAAAGUAUGCUUAAAAAAUAAUAUCACAGACACAUGUAUUCCAACAGAGAUCAAUAGUAUACAAAAUCACUGUUACAUUCUGCUACUAGAUUUUUAUUAGAUGCUCUUUGGCCCAAGAUUUGUACCUCUGAAAACUUUCAAUUAAUUUAAUGUUACUAGGUAAGGAAUUCCAAUCCUUCAUCUCGGCGAUAUAUGACCUUUUUGUGUCGAUUCGCCGUAAAACCCAACUCAUUCAUUCCAAUCCUUUAUACCGCUGUAAUAAAAAGUCUGUUUACUUAUGCUGUUGACACUAGGUACAGUAAAAUUACAUUCACUAGAUCUUGUAUUAUGUUUUAUACUGUCGCACUUUCGUACAAAAUUAUCAUUUAAAUAAGGUGGAUAUUUGUUGUGAAAUAUUCUAUACAGGUGACUUAAUCUUAGUUGUGUAACUCUAUUUCUAACAUUCAACAUGUUCAAUUCAACAAAAUCUUCACUUGUAAUAGACUCUCUAGGCAACAAAAACAAAAUAGCAGAUUUAUUAUAUUUCUAUGCACAGUUUUGAAUUGCAUAUACUUAUUAUUGUAAAAUAACUUAUUUUUAUACGCCCGUAUCUGAAAGAGCGGGGAGUAUUAUGUGAACACCCUUGGCGGGCAGGCAGCAUCCAAAAGCAUGCCCAUUCUCUAAGUCGAACAGUUCUCAUCCAAUCUUUACCAAACUUGCUGACAAUGUUUGUGAGUAUUAUGUCUCGGCCAAUUUCGAUAACCUACCAAAUUGCCCCAGGCUCUCUAGAAUUGUGGCCCUUGAAUUACUCGAAAAACUACCAAUUUAGCCUUGUGUGCUUUCUUAGUUGAAUAGUUUUCGUCCGAUCUUCACCAAAUUGCUGACAUUUUGUGCAGAAUAUCUCUGCCAAGUUCGAUAACCACCAAAAUCACUCUUGGAUUGUGGCCCUUGAUUUAUUCGAAAAACUGCGAAUUUAGCCUUGUCCGCCCUCUAAGUCAGUUUCCAUCCGAUCUUCACCAGACUUGACAACAAUGGUUUUGGGCAUAAUACUGGUAUAUCCCGGCCAAGUUUGAUAGCCGCACAAGUGACGCCUGACACUCUUGGAUCAUGACCCUUGAAGUUACAUAACUGAAUAUUUCGACGGGCGUAUUUUGUGACAGCCUGGCACUCUUGUUUUUCUUUGGCAUAAAAUGUUCACUUCUAUAAGAUGGAAACCUCGGGCUUAUCUCAAAGGUCAAGGUCACACUUUGUGGGUCAAAGGUCAUUGUAGAGCUUGUAUCAUGCAUAUUUAAGCAAUCCGUUUUAUACACUCGUUUGAAAAACGCGACGUAUUAUGGAAACGCCCCUGGUGGGCGGGUGGUCAGCGUCCACAAACAUUGUCUAGAGAGUAUCUUCUUCAUGCAUUGAAGGAUUUUAAUGUGACUUGGUACAGACGUUUACCAACAUGAGACGGAGUGUCAAGCAUAAGAACCAGGUCCCUAGGUCUAACGUCAAGGUCUCACUUAGAGGUCAGAGGUCAAAUUCAAUAAAGACUUUGUCCUGAGCAUUUCUUCUUCAUGCAUGAAAUUUUUUUUUAUUUCGCACAGUUAUGAGACAGUGUGACAUGCGCAUAAAACAGGUCCCCAGGUCUAAGGUCAAGGUCACACUUAUAGGUCAAAGGAUACAAGAACAAAAACUUUGUCCUUAGCAUUUCUGCCUAAUGCAUGGAGGGAUUUUGAUGUAACACAAAUGUUAACCACUAUGAGUCUGAGUGUCAUGCGCAAGAAACAGGUCCCUAGGUUUAAGGUCAAGGUCACACUUAGAGGCCAAAGGUGCUGGUGGGCUUGACAUUCUGUCUAUGGGCAUGCAGAAUGUAUUUCUAGUAUUGUAUACAUCCAACAAUUUGUUUAUUUUUUUGUUAUCGAACGAAAUCUUCAAUGUUUAUUGACGUUAAAAUAGAACGGAGUUAAGUUUUUAUAUCUGCUAUUUUUAGCUCACCUGAGCAAUGUGAGUUUUUGAAAUCGCUCAAUGUCCGGCGUCUGUCUGUCAACAGUUAGCUUGUGUAUGCAAUAGAGGCUGUAUUUUUCAACUGAUCUUCAUGGAAUUUAGUGAGAAUGAUUGCCUUGAUAAAAUUUUGGCUGAAUUUGAAAAUGGGUCAUCUGGAGUCAAAAACUAGGUCACUAGGUCAAAUCAAAGAAAAACAUUGUGUAUGCGAUCGAGGCUGUAUUUUUCAAUUUAUCUUCAUGAAUUUUGGUCAGAAUCAUUACCUUGAUAAAAUCUAGGCAAAGUUUGAAUAUGGGUCAUCUGGGGUCAAAAACUAGGUCACUAGGUCAAAUCAAAGAAAAACCUUGUGUAUGCAAUAGAGGCUGUAUUUUUCAACUGAUCUUCAUGAAAUAUGGUCAGAAUGAUAACCUUGAUGAAAUCUAAGCAAAGUUUGAAAACAUGUCAUCUGGGGUCAAAAACUAGGUCACUAGGUUAAAUCAAAGAAAAACAUUGUGUAUGUGUUAGAAACUGUAUUUUUCAAUUAAUCUUCAUGAAUUUUGGUCAGAAUGAUAACCUUGAUGAGUUCAAAAUAGGUCAUCUGGGGUCAAAACUAGGUCACGAGGUCAGAUCAAAGAAAAACCUUGUGUAUGCGAUAGAGGCUGUUUUUUUUCAACAGAUCUUCCUGAAAGUAAGUCAGAAUGAUUGCCUUGAUGAAAUCUAGGUAGAAUUUGAAUAGGUCAUCUGGGGUCAAAAAGUAGGUCACUAGGUUAAAUCAAAGAAAACCCCCGUGUAUAAUAAUAAUAAUAACGACUUUAUUUUGAGAGGCUACACAUUUGGGUGUGCCCAAUCUUCCAUGUCGGCCUCAAUGUGUAUGUGAUAGAGGCUAUAUUUUUCAAUUGAUCUUCAUGAAAUUUGGUUAGAAUGAUAGCCUUGUUAAAAUCUAGGUAAAGUUCGAAUAUGAGUCAUCUGGGGUCAAAAACUAGGUUACUAAGUCAAAUCAAAGAAAAUACUUGUUUUUGCUCCAAUUUAAUGAUAAUUGGUCAGAAUAUUUUUUUCCGUGAAAUCACUAGGUCAAACAUGUUGUAUUAUAGUGUGUUUCUCAGGUGAGCGACCUAGGGCCAUCUUGGCCCUCUUGUUUAACUAUCAGGUCAUGCAUAUUAAAUGAAAGUACUGCGGCAACAUACAAUACAAAAGGUACAAUACAGAUUUUUUUCUGGCUGUUCAUAUUAACUUGUGAAAUACAAGCAAUUUAUUUUAUGCUAGCUAAUGAAAUACCGUAUUCUAUCAGUUAAAUAUUUUCAUAUUUCAUCACUCACACUGUGAAAAUAUAAAAUCUAUAUUUUCACACUGUGAGAGAUAUAGCUCCGCCCCCUCAUUACAUUGUGUAUGAAUUUUAAAUUAUUUGCUUAAAACAGGAUGAAAAUUGUAGCCGCACUUUGUUCUUUAUAGUAUAUUUCUCGAUUCAAAUUAUUUUACUUAAAGAAAGUUUCAUACCGUUAUGCAGCAAGAAAUAAAACAAAAUGGAACUUUAUGUUGCAUGCGUCUUUAUAACGUCACAGCACGUCUGACGUCAUGUCUGUUUACGCGCGUCUGUUUCCCGCGCUGAGAUUAAAAUAGUUGCAAAAUGCACAUCUCAACGUAAUUGAGCAUAAAAUAAAAAGAAAAUUUGUUUGUUUUUCGUGAAUAUAGAAUAUAUCUCACCUCGAAUUGAGAAAAUUUUCACAUUUUCACUCGCGCUACGCGCUCGUGAAAAUAUUUGAAAUUUUCUCACUUCUCAGUGAGAUAUAUUCCAUAUUCACUCAAAACAAACAAAUAUCCUCUAUAUAUUUGACAGAAGUUUUAUAGGUAAAUAAUAAAGUUAUAUAAUUUCAUACAUUCUGUUGUAUAUACUGUAAUAAAAGAUUGUUGUUUAUGUAUAUUGCUUUAUUGACGUUGAAAAUCGUUUGCUCAUUAUAUUUGCUUUGUCUAUAUUAAUGAUAAAAAUAGUAUCAAUUUAAAUAGGUGCAGUUUCAGUAGUUGUUAUUGAACGAGUUAAGUUGAAUGAUAGCAUUCGAGCACUUGGCGAGCAUAAUAUUGUUUAAUCAACGAGUUCUAUAACUAAAGGCAGUUUUAAUCAGAAUGUUUUAUCACAUAAAAGUUAAAAAAUACGCUCUACUUUGACUCCAGUAUUAUAAUCCUGGUACUAUAAGCAAUGAAGACAUUAGGUAUAAUUUGGCUACCCAGACCUGAGCUUUCAAAUAGUGCAAGUAUUGACCAGUCUGACGAAAAAGCAUUAUGAUUAUGAUAAACUGAAUUCUUUCGGUUUGUCGAAAGUGUAUAAAUUGGUUUUAUCUCAUCACGGCUGUGCAAAAGCAGUUUCAUAAUAAAUAUUAUUACUUAUUCGUUUCUAUUUCCCGUAAAGUUACACUGGUACCAGAAACGUCAAUAUUUUUCCAUACACUGACGCCUGAAUUUCAUAUCGGGAGCGUGACAUAAUUCAGUGUGUGUUGUUGCACUGUUUUUUUUCUGUUAAGUUCAGUAUUGUCGGGCUGUUGAACAAAUUUAUGAUAUUUACAUUAUAUUUAUACGUGUAGAUGCUUAUGUAAUAAAAAGAUUAUUAUCUUUGUAUCGGGAAAUAUGCACUCGUUCUUUAGCAGAAGAAUAUUGUGCUCCUAGAGUCAUGCAGUAUUUCCACUGAAAAACUCAUGCAUAUUUCCAGAUACAAAGCUAAUAACUUAAACCUAUAAUUAUAGUUCAUGAAGUGUAUGUCCAUACUUGAAUAUUUUAUUUCAUUAACUUUUUAAUGCAUGGCCUAGUGUAGGUUCUCAGUGUAACACAUAUUCUGAUAAAUAAUAAAUAAAAAUUGUGUGAGUCAUUUAUUGAAAUUGCAUAAAUAUAUGAAUAUAAUUAAAAUAUGUCACUGAA